GAAAAGAGAAAAACAGCUACACAACAACCCAUGGCAUGUGUGUAGCAUUCUCAGUUCUUUAGCUGUUUAGUUUUGGCUUUUCUUUCGGGGAAGGCACUGCUUGUUCAAGAAAUAUCCUGGGAGUGUUUGUGCUCUUUUUUUGUCAGGACUGGUUUGCAUGCUCUUCUAAAGAUACCGCCUUGUCGCGGUAGUUCCAAAGGACAAUCAUGGCUUACAAUUACGUCGUGACGGCCCAGUCUUCGACUUCAGUGCAUCAAUGCUUGAAGGCAAAUAUCACCGGAAAGGACGAUGUGAACUUACUCGUGGCCAAGGGAAGAAACCUCGAGCUCUCCCUGUCCACAGCCGAGGGGCUGAAACCCAUGUUGGUAACACCUAUUCGUGGUCAUAUUGAAGUCAUGUUGGCAUAUCGACCAGAGAAUAGUGAAACUGAUCACAUUUUCUUGCUGACAGAGCGUCUCUGGGCCAUGGUAUUUUCGUAUGAUCAGGAAACCAAGGAGUUUGUCACACACUGCUGUGGAGAUGCUUAUCAACGCACCGGUCGUCCGUGUGACACUGGCUUCAUUGGCGUCAUCGAUCCUCGCCACAAGGUCAUUGCCCUGCGCCUUUAUGCCGGGAUGAUCAAGAUUAUUCCACUGGAGCAGCUGCACAAGUCGCAGCAGUUCUUUACGUUUGAUGUGCGCCUUGAGCACCUGCAGCUGAUUGACAUGUGCUUCCUGCAUAACAGUGAUCAACCAACGCUGGCAUACAUUCACCAGGAUGAGGCAUCCCACCGACAUGUUCAAACAGUAGUUCUGGAUAUUGACGAGCAAGAAAUCAAGGCAGGACCCUGGAGUCGCCAACAUCUAGAGGUUGAAUCACAUAUGAUCAUACCAGUUGAAGAUUAUUUUGGUGGCGUGGUGAUCGUUGGGCAGCAAACCAUCCUCUAUCACUCUGGUGCUUCUGGUAAACACCGCUCGGUUGCGCCCCCGGAGCUCAAGAGAAGUGUCAUCCAGUGUCACUGUAUGUUGGAUCAUAGCCGUAUCCUGCUCAGCGACAUCUCUGGCACGGUCUUCAUGCUGCUGCUGCGUGAGGACCCAAACUCCUCCAUGCCUGGCCGCUCUACUGUUGGCGAGCUCAGAUUGGAGGACCUUGGAAAGGUUACUAGUGCGCGUAGUAUCUCAUACCUGGACAACUCAGUGGUUUAUAUCGGUUCGCCGUUUGGUGACAGUCAGCUUGUUCGACUGCUUGCGGAUGCCAAUGAGCAAGGCUCUUUUCUUGAAGUGAUAGAUACCAUUGUGGGUAUUGGACCGAUAACUGAUAUGGCAGUUGUGGACCAGGACCGUCAAGGGCAAGGAUCGGUGGUGACGUGCAGUGGCUACGGUCACACGGGAUCGUUACGUGUAGUGCGCAGCGGUAUUGGUAUUCAGGAGGUAGCAGUGUCCGACACGGGCAGCACUAUUCAAGGUGUCUGGGCUAUUGCCUGUGGUGCUGACACUGAUCUACAUUCAGCUGUUGUUGUGGCGCUCAUUGAGCAGACUAUCAUUGUUCAAUUUACUGAUGAUGAGCUUGGACAGAUGACUGACGGCCACGAUUUCGUUCAGUCUGAGGAGACCAUCUUUGCUUCUAACCUAUCUUUUGGCUUCAUCAUUCAAGUGGUUGAGUCUCAAGUUCGCCUUAUCGAAGCAACGUCGAUUAGCAUGAAGCAGGAGUGGAAGCCGCCGUGUGGUAUGCCCAUCACUGCCGCGAGCUCUAACAGUGAGCAGGUGGUUGUGGCCUGCUCGGAGCAUCUCUACUAUCUCACAGUCUCCGAGGAUGGCCUUAUCGAGGAGAGCCAUACGGUUCUGGACAACGAGGUAUCGUGCAUCGACGUAUCAGUAACGACGGCUGGCAAUCGUACCAACCUCUGCGCCAUAGCGCUGUGGAAAGACAUCAGCGUGCUUUUGCUGCGCUUGCCGUCUCUGGAGCUGGUGACGAGUGCUGCUCUAGGUGGAGAGCUCGUGUCGCGCUCGGUCGUGAUGUGCGUGUUUGAGGGACAAGACUAUCUCUUUGUGUCGAUGGGUGACGGCGGAGUGGUGUACUUCCCUGCAGAAUUCUCCACUGGCCAGCUUGGUCAGCGGAAGCGUGUAGUACUCGGGACACAGCCGACGACUAUGCGUCCAUUCCACACUGCAUCGUCAUUCAACAUCUUUGUGUGCAGUGACCGUCCCAGCGUCAUCUACUCCUCCAAUUCAAAGCUUCUGUUCGCCAAUGUCAACUUCAAGGUUGUGGACUAUGUCUGUCCUAUCAACACAGCAGCAUAUCGCGACAGCUUAAUCAUUGUGUCUCAGUCAGUGAUGACGUUUGGCAAGGUGGAUGACAUUCAAAAACUACACAUUCGUUGCGUGCACUUGGGGGAGACGCCAAGGCGUAUUGCUUUUGACGAGGUCUCGGGAGCUUUCGGAGUGGUUGUGGACCGCGAGGUGGCCACGCAGCAGUCUGUGGUGAGAAUGCUGGCUAACAACUGCUCUGGAGCAGCUCAAAACGAAAAGAGGGCCAAGGAGAUGGAGGCGGCGGCGGAAGACUCGGACCCUUUGGUCGUCGGAGGUGCAAACGCUCCAAGGAUGCAUGUCAACCCACAAAUGAUCUCAACGUUCUGUGUGAUUGACAUGCAAAGUUUUGAGAUCCUUCACGCACAUGAGCUGCUACGAAAUGAGAACGUGAUGAGUCUGUGUGUUGUCCACUUCGCAAACGAACCGGAACCGUUUUUCUGCGUUGGAACCGCUAUUCCUGAGAAAGAUGAUGAUCAAGAGGAGAAGCAAGGUUACAUUCAUCUCUUCCAAUGGAGAGACUCCAAGUUUCUUCCCGUGGCACAGAAGGAGGUCGGUGGUGCAGUCUACUCCCUAUCUAACUUCAAUGGAAAGCUACUGGCGGCUGUGAACAACUGUGUGGCCGUUUACGAAUGGACGGACUCCAAGGAACUUCGCUGCGAGUGCCAGCAUCAGGAGUUCAUCAUGUGUCUUUUCUUGAAAGUCAAGGGUGACUUUAUAUUGUGUGGUGACUUGAUGAGAUCGCUUUCAUUGCUGCAGUACAAGGUGGAGGGCACACUGGAAGUGGUUGCAUCCGACUUUCAAACUAACUGGGUAUAUGCCAUUGACAUUCUGGAUUACGAUUCGUUCAUUGGUGCUGAAGAGUACGGCAACUUAUUCACAGUGAUGCGAGACAGCUCUGCAACAAGUGACGAUGAGCUGCGACGACUCAGUGUGACCGGACGUUUCCACAUCAGUGAUCAUGUCAAUGUGUUCAGACACGGUUCUUUGACGAUGAAAGAUAACGAGUCAAAGCUGCGACUCAGCUCUGUGCUUUUUGGCACUGUGUCUGGCUCUGUCGGUGUUAUCAUUACAUUGAAGAAGGAGACGUUCGAAUUCCUGCAGGAACUGCAAAACAAACUGGCAGCCGUAAUAACCACUGUGGGCAACAUACCAUUUGCCGAGUUCCGAUCAUUUGCGUCAUCCGGCCGUCGCGAGCCUAUGUUCGGCUUCAUUGACGGAGAUCUCAUUGAAAGUUUCCUGGACCUUCCGACACACAAGAUGGAAGAAGUUGCAUCAGGGUUGCAGAGAAGUGAAGGCCCAGACCGCACAGUUCCAGUCACAGUCGACUAUCUGAAUAAGUUCGUAGAGGAACUGACCCGCUUCCACUGAACACACGCACGGCCGAGCUGUGUCUGCCUGCUGUGUGUGUGCCCCUCAAGUCAAUUCGAGCAUGUUUGCUCUUGGCGUAUGCUGGAACUAGUGUAGCCCGUGUGCUCGGCGGGACUGUGCUUUACCUCGUCGAGAUCUGUGCAACGGCGGCGAGAUUUUAACUUUGGCUCCGGUCUCCAACGGGAGCGCGCGCCGAUGAAUGUUCUGUGUAUGCAGCAGCGCGGCCUGUUGUCACACAGCUGCCCGCUACCGACACCACCGAGCAACGGCGCAAGUGUCGACCGUAUGCGGCUCGCACUUCUGCAUGCCACGUCAGCCGCAUCGCCGUGUUCUGCCAUGCUCUCGCUCUCCUCUCGCGGAUUCUGCUCAUCAUCCGUGUCGCGAGUGGUGACCAACACGUGUAGUUAGACAUGCUUCAGAUUUUUGAAAAGGUUUUUUAACUCUCCAUCUCACACGGCGCACAUCUGUUGAUUGUUUUCGCCCCAGUUGUGUGGGUUUGUUCGAUUGUUGGGAUUGCUAGCACCCUGAAUGCACACAUGCCAAUUCACUCACAUUAUGAUGCUAUUAUGCUUGUGUUUUCCUGCUAACAACCUAACAGUUACUUGGACUUGUUUUUACGUGCUCCCGAGCGAGACAACCUGGUGUGCUGUGUACAACUGUAUACUUCAAAAGUAUGUGCAUUGUUUUCUUUUCGUCUUCUUCUGGUUGUUGUUGUGUGUUUGUAUAUUUGUGUGUGUGUGUGUGUGUGUGUGUGUUUGUUUGUUUAUGUAUCUACGUGUGCACCGCCCCAACUUGCCCAAGCCAAGUGCAUGUACUUUCUUGGUGACAUAUCGCCUUGAGAGAUUUUCUCUCCUUUUUUUGGCUCUUUUCCACCUAGCGCUUGCCUGGUAGGCACUGGCUGCCUGUCCUGUGCGUUCCAUGCAUUGUUGAUUGCUGAAGUGUGAUCAUAGUCGUGUGUAAUGGUACACGUGUCCUUGUCAUCUA